AUGCAAGUUCUCGUGUGGGGUGUCUGCUUGCUACUCCUCGGCCUGACCUCGGCCUCUUCCCGGAUCCGCGUGCCACCCCACGAUCAGGUUGCCCGGGUCGCACGUUUCGUUGCCCAUCAGUGCGACUGGGCCUCCAUGGCCACUAUUAGCAGCCACAAGCCGGUGGUGGGGCAACCUUUCUCCAACGUGUUCUCGAUGAGUGACGGGCCACCGGGCUCGGGCUCCGGCGUGCCAUACAUGUACUUGACCCGCAUGGAGAUCUCUGUACAGGACCUGGAGGUGAACCAACAAGCGUCCUUGUCCAUGUCUCUGGCUCAGACUGACUACUGCCGCCAGCAGGGCUUCGACCCUCAGAGUCCUUUGUGCGCUCACAUCAUCUUAUCCGGAUCUGUGCUGGAGGUGAAUGGCACAGAAGCCCAGUUUGCAAAGAAAGCCCUCUUCAGCCGACACCCUGAGAUGGUCGACUGGCCCUCAGACCACAACUGGUUCUUUGCCAAGUUCAAUAUCACACAGGUGUGGGUGCUUGAUUAUUUCGGUGGAGUGAAGACAGUCAGUCCAGAUGAAUACUUCCAAGCCUCCGUAAAUGAUGUGCAUAAGUGA